AUCACUGAUCGAUCGCGGUCGGUGAGAUGCGUUCAUGGCGUUCAUGGCGGUGUUCUUGCAGGUGAACAUCGUGAGGAUGAGCAGGCAGCUGCAGUUCUUUGCGGAGUACCACAGGAGAGGCUACGCGCGCUGGUCGGCACGGCGAGGGCACGGCGGAUCGUGAACGGCGUGCUCGUGCUCAUCACCCUCGGCGGCAACGACUUCAUGACCAACUACUACCUCGUCCCUUUCUCCCUUCGCUCCCAGCAGUUCGCCCUCCCCGACUACGUCCGCUUCCUCAUCUCCGAGUACAAGAAAAUCCUCCAGAGGCUGUACGACAUGGGGGCGAGGCGGGUGCUGGUGAUGGGGACGGGGCCGCUGGGGUGCGCGCCGCACGUGAUGCGCGCGGCGGAGCUGUUCAACCCGCAGCUGUCGCGCGCGCUGCAGGAACUCGCUGGAGAGCCUGUUCCCGUUGAGGAACACGUUGCAGAGCGCCGUGGCGGAGGCAAGGUCUCCCAGGAGCGCACCAGUGAGCGCAUUGAGGUGGAGGCUGAGCGUGUGCAGCGCCGUCAAAUCGUCGUGGCGGCAGAGGACGACGCCGACGCCGCGAUGGCAACGGCGGACACCGCGAGUCCGCGAGCUUUCCGACAGAUAGAGAGAGAUGAGAGAGCGGUGGUGGUGUGGCAGCGCGGCACGCGGCACGCGCCAUGGAAGUGUGGCCGUGGGCAACCGUAG